ACAGCAGCUCCUUUUUUUUAUUUUUUGUGGACUAACUUGCUUUUUUGAAUUUCGAUCCUUGGGCGGUGAGAUCCUUUGGGUUGGUCACAUGCCAUCCACGGGCCUAUAAAUGAAGGGGCUCGGGUGAAUCUUAGUUGCACUGAAGGAAGAAGGAGAGAGAGAGGUGUAAGGAAAGGUAUCCAAGGAAGCCUCUCGAUCUUUUAGCUUCUGGAAGAACCCCAGAGAGCUCUAUAAAUUCUUCGCUCCAUUUCAUAGUUUUUCUCAUACAGCAAACCUUGUUAAGGUUCUCUCCGUUUCUCUUCUUUCCUCUAAUAUUCUCUUCGAUCGCCCUUCUUUUCUUUGCUUUUCUCUGUCUUUGAUCACAUCAACAGCCUUGUUUAUCUCUGGUUUGCUUGCCCAUUUCAAGGAAAAGCUGUGACUGGUCUUUUCCCACGACCUUUUUUUGACACCAGCCUGCCUUGCUAUUUAAUCUUUUCCCAGACCUAAAUCCAAUAAUCCACAGAGCUUACAUUGAACCACUCUGCCUUAUAGUUUGUAGGCACCUCUAUCCUUCUAUUCUACUAGUUAUCUUCCUUAAUUAUUUCCAUCUAAAAGGAUCACCAUGGGAGGCGCUUUAGAAUACUUCGCAGGCUUAUUGGCCGGUAGCCGCAGGCGCAAGAAGAGGAAACAGUUCCAGACUGUGGAGCUCAAGGUCAGGAUGGAUUGUGAGGGCUGUGAGCGCAAAGUUAAGAAGGCACUCUCCUCAAUGAAAGGAGUUCAAUCAGUGGACGUGAACAGGAAGCAGAACAAGGUGACCGUGACUGGCUACGUUGAGCAACACAAAGUCCUGAAGAAGGCCAGGUCCACAGGCAAAAAGGCAGAGAUAUGGCCUUAUAUUCCUUACAACCUGGUCAUGCACCCAUAUGCUGCCCAGGCCUAUGACAAGAAGGCACCUCCUGGCUAUGUGAGGAAUGUGGAGGCCAUCACCAUCUCCAGCCAACCAUAUAGGCAGGAGGACCAGCUCACCAACUUGUUCAGUGAUGAGAACCCAAAUGCCUGCUCCAUUAUGUGAAGGAAUUCUUCUUUCCCAUCAUUCCAGGGGCCUCAGCUGACCACUUUCAGUUUCCCCUACCUUUAUCAAGCGAAGAAAAAAAAAACAGUUGUAUUUAUUUGCCUCUAUCUAUCAAAGUUUAAGAGGUUUGGAUUGGAAGGGGUGUAGCUUUGCAGUAAACAAGUGUUGGUGUCUCAUCCCUUUUUUUUGGUGUCAUGUAUGAUGGGAAGGUCGGUGUCUUAUUUUUGUUUUCUGGUGUCAUGUAUGAUGGGAAGCAGUGUGAACUACUGAAACUAAGCAACAGUCUCACUCUUGGGACCAGUUGGAAAUGAGGUGUGGGUUGUUAUGGAACAGCUACAGGUUAUCUACUUUGUUCUCCUUUUGUAUAA